UAAAGCUUUCCAUCAGUUUACUUUCAGCAGCUGCACUUGUCUUUACCCUCAGCCACUAUAUAGUAUCCAAGAUCAAAAUGUCGACGAUUGUGAGGAAACUAAUCAGCACUGUAAAUGCUGCCAAGCCAGUGGCUCCCUACAAUCAGGCUGUUGUGGCCGAUCGCACUGUGUAUGUGUCUGGAUGUCUGGGUCUCGAUAAGGAUACCAUGCAGUUAGUUCCCGGUGGACCAACGGAGCAAACAGAAAAGGCCCUGGAAAAUCUGGCGGCAAUCCUCAAGGCAGCCGAUUCCGGAGUGGAUAAAGUGGUCAAGAAUACAGUCUUCCUAAAGGAUCUCAACGAUUUCGGGGCCGUCAAUGAGGUCUACAAAAAAGUGUUCAAUAAGGAUUUCCCGGCUCGCAGUUGUUUCCAGGUGGCCAAGUUGCCAAUGGAUGCGCUGGUGGAGAUCGAGUGCAUCGCCUUGACCGGAUCCGUCGAAACGAAAACCGUGCAAUAGCAAUUAAAAUCCAGCAAACUGUGAGAAAAUAAAGAAUAUUAAAAAAAAAAUAA